AUGUAUAAUAUGAAAUAUGAAAUGGAUACUUUGGAAAAAGACCUAAUGAAAACAAUGAUUCACGAGUUAAAGUCAAAGUGUUGUGAAUCAAUGGUUAAUAACGAUGCUGAAGAGUGCAAGAAACUAUCUUUUAGCCGGGUCGAAUACCAGAAGAAAGACAUUAUGAAAGAUGAUGUGCUCAUGGAAAACAUAUGGUUAGAAAAAAGUUUCAGUUUGCUUACAAUUAAUUCCAAUAAUGAAAUCUCAUAA